AUGGCGCCGGCGCCGAGCCAGAGCUUGGAACAGGAGGUGCGGAUGACAUUGGUCCCGAAGAGGAUGCUGCCAUUGAGGGAAAGGCUGGGCCUGAGGACGGUGCUCCCGGAGAUGGCGCAGUUUUUGAGCAAGAUAUUGACGCUGAUGGAGGUACGGCUGACGACGGUUGUGCGGAGGAUGGUGCAGGUACCGAUGAUGACACUCCUGCGGAGCUUGAAAUCGCUUCUGGAUUCGCAGAGCUUGUGA